AUGCACGCCUCACUCGUGCUCCUCCUCGCCGCCGCCCAUCUGGCAACCGCCCACUUCGGCAUCGAGUUCCCAGAAUGGCGCGCCGACACUUUGACUGAUGAAGACGGACCCUACUCGCAAUACGACUACCCAUGCGGCAACGUGCCUGCAGGAGUUGGAAACCGGACAGACUGGCCGCUCAACGGCGGCGGUGUCGUGUCGCUGGACCUGCACCAUGCGUGGACGUACGUGUUCAUCAACGUGGGGCUGGGCGACAACGUGACAAACUUCAACAUAUCGCUGACGCCGGAUUUCUAUAACGUGACGGGCAACGGUACCUUCUGCCUGCCGGACCUGACGUUGCCCGAGGGCAUUGUGGAGGGUACCAAUGCGAGUAUCCAGGUCGUGACGUCGGGAAAGUCGGGUUCUGCGUUGUAUAAUGUGAGCUUUCUUCCCACCUUCCUGGUCUUCCAGCCUGCUGUUUACCGACCGCCGUGUAUUGCUUCUGAACUUUGUGCCGACAUUAGACUAGUUGCCAAUGCCGUCGGUCCUGCAGAUGGUGUGUGUGUCAACACGACAAAGUCAGCUGUCGUUGUUAGCCAGUUUUCCACCACAUCUUCCAACACCACGAACACGACCUCUAGCUCUGGAUCCAGCACAAGCAGUGGUACCAGCGCGGCGGCAGGUAUCUCGGCUAAUCUUGCCGCCGUGACGGGUUUCACUGGUAUGGCAGUGCUGCUCGCUGUAUGUAUGGGCGUGUGAGGGAGUCAUAACCACGCAGUUCGGAGAUGAUGCGAUGAACACCACAAAACUUUGAUGCAAAUUGAGGGGGUAUCAUUCACGCGUGUACCUGGCGACAUAAGAGUCGGUCAUUAAUAAAGAACAAAGUCCAAUACAUAAAAUUUGCACAUCUGAUGCCCGAACCUCUGCAGCAUGUGUCGUCAAAGCUGAGCCAAUUAUCCCAUCCAUCCCCCUACCCCCAAACCAACCCUCUCAGCUAGUUCCCAGCAAAUAUC